GGGAACUCAAAUCAACCAGGCAUCACCUGUAAAUUGGAAUAAGCAUGUAGGACCGACGUCAAACUGUUUUUCCUGAUCAUUCUGUCUUCGAUCAUCUCCUCGCAAUCCGAGACCCAUAUAAGUAACGAAUUGCUUCCAUCACAGAAUGGCAUCCAAUAGGGGUCAAGGUGGAAUUCAACAAUUAUUAGCUGCAGAGCAAGAAGCACAGCAGAUUGUGAAUGCAGCUAAAAAUGAAAAAUUGGCUAGACUGAAGCAGGCCAAGGAAGAGGCUGAAAAGGAGGUUUCUGAAUAUCGAGCUCAAGUGGAGUAUGAGUUCCAAAAGAAAUUGGAAGAGAGUAGUGGAGACUCUGGUGCCAAUGUGAAGCGGCUUGAGCAAGAUACUGAAUCAAAGAUCAAUCAACUCAAGACAGAGGCUGGGAGAAUAUCUCAGGAUGUUGUUUCUAUGCUCCUCAAGCAUGUAACUACCGUAAAAAAUUAAGGUCCUUGAUGGUGUAUUAAUGUUCAAUUGAUACUGAUUAUUAUUUUGAAUUUAUUAUUGAUUUUAGAUUG